AUGGCCUCCAAUCCCAUUGCAAAGUUCGUGACCCUCAUCACCCCGCCCCCAGUCGUCACCCCAGACCACUACGACGGCUGGCAGCUCAGGUGGAAGGCCAUCGUCUUCAGGCCAGCUCUGCUCAAGACCGAGGCCUACCUCGCGGCCGGCAUUCUAUUUUAUCUUCUGUGGGCGUACUGGGGCAUGACUGUAAAUGCCAACAAGGCGAAGAAAUGGUUCGCGAAGCAUCUUCCUCUAUACGAACAGCAGUUCUCCAAACCACAAUACAAGGGAGGCCUGACGAGCGAUGGCUAUAGCGAUUUCUUUGGUUUCUCGACGGGUAGACGCAACGUCGCGUCCCUCCACACCAUCUUCACCCUCCGGCCACGUCAUGAUUUCUUCCAAUGGCUCUUCCAGACCGGCAGGACUCUCGUCGACCUUCAUUACCGCCCUGCUGACGACAUUCAGCUUGACUUCAAGCUUGCUCCUGGUGCUCUUUCAGAUAACUUUGUGUUCGCGAUUAUAGCCAAGGACGAGCUCCUGUCCGUUAAGGAGAAUCGUUGGGAUUUGACUUUCACGAAGACCACCGAAAACCCUGCCCUCCCUCCUACCCUCCUGGUCAUGUCUGAAUAUGCCGAUGUCACGGAAAACGUUCUCAAGCAGCAUGACAAGUUCUCCCUGGCUCAGGUCUUCCGAGACCCAAAGAUACAGCCUUUCUUCCGCUCUCUCUCGAUUACUGACCAACCACGAGACCGCCCCGAACUCCCCAUCCCUGUCGAAGAGCGCGAGAAGCACGUCAUCCUCAGCAUUACCCCACCAUCCAACCCCGAGGACAGCGCCCCUCUCGUCGCUGCCGUCUUCCAACUGAUCGACCUCCUAAACAAGAUCAGUCUUCGUCCGGAGACCAAGUCCAAGCUCAGAAGAUACAGGGAGGACAUCGACAAAGAGAUUAAAGAGGAGGCAGAGAAGGAGAAGAAGGAGGAGGCUCUGGAAGCCAAGACUGCCGCUAAGCGUAAGGCCAUGGAGGAGCGUCUCUCCAAGCUCAGUGCCGCGGACCAGAAGAAGGAGCUCGAGAAGGAACGCAAGCGCACCUUGCGCAAAACGCAGGGCAAGGUUGUUCGCAAGUAA